CUCGUCCAGGACACCAGCGGUCCUCUGUUCCUGUCCUGUAUCUGUUUGGAUCGGUUUGUGGCGGUCCUCUUCCCUCUAUCCUACGGCCAGCUGAAGGACACCAAGUACAGGGUGUCACUCUCGGCGGUGGUCCUGCUGCUCACCUUCACCUACGCCUCCGCCAAGACCAUCGGGGGCCUGCACAACUUCGAGAAGGUCUUCACGGGGACGAUCCUGGCAACGUUUGGCUGGAUGGUGUUGUGUAACGGGGCCAUCCUGGUGGCCCUGAAGAGGUCCAGUGGCUCUGGGAAGGACGACAUGCACCCCAUGAAGAAGAAAGCCUUCAAGAUGGUGAUGUCGGUCCUGUCCAUCAUCGUGUUCAACUACUUGCCUCCGGUGGCUCUGUUCCCUUUUGAGGACCACUACCCUCCGGACACGUUCCGCUGCCUGGUGCAGCCGGUGGGGUACGCCUUCGUUAACAUCAGCAGUAGUAUCCAGCCCAUCAUCUACCUCUCUAGACUGGAGAAGAUCCCUUUCCUCCCUGAGGCCUGGAACAAGUGGGGCUCCUCCUCCUCCAAGGUGAAGGACAAGGAGGUGAAGGUGGAGACCAUCUCGCCUGCCUGAAUGAUGAACGGGCAUCAACGUUUCUUGUGAAAUUAAGUGAUAGGUUCUCAAAACACAGUUGUUAUAAAUGUAUCAACUGGACGAUGGAAUAAAAGGAAUGGCCAGGAAACAAUGGAUGACAGUAAUGUGCUUACAUUCCACAUAGCUAAUAUAUAUCCUGUAUAUGGUAUAGGUUAAGGAGAAACAACAAAAAUCUUCAUAUGUCCUUCAAAUCUCUCUCUCACUUCCUGGAACGAUUACGUUAGGACUGAGACGACAUCGUGUGUACAACAUGAGAACUACAUGUCACACCUGUAAAAUACUCAAGAUUUUUUGGGGUGAAUCAUUUGGAGAGAAAUAAAUAGGUAAUAAAACGCUUAUAAA